AUGGGGGUUGCGUUUUGGGAAAAGAAAGGCCUUCCCUGUCCUGUUGAUGCUACACUACCACAUGAUUUGUAUCUUCUACUCAGGAUCGAUUCAACUCCGGGGCCUGAAGUUGUGCGCAUGGCACAGCCUUCUGUCCGAGUCGGCAUGAAAAGGCCCAUGCCACAGUUCGUUUAUUACAGUGAACAGGCUGGUGUAGGGACGAGACGUGCAGUAACUGAAGAUGCGGUCUUGCUCAACGAGCGCACUGCAAAUGACCAGGUUGAGGGGUUAUCACCAUCAAGUAAGGUGCAUCCUGAAACUAUCACCCGUGGUGGAAAGAAAUACACGCUCGAUCGUGCGGAAGGGUCCACUUUUCCUGUUUCCUUCUUACAAUCAAAAAGGCCAACGACAUCAUGUUCUUCUGCAGCCCGCGAAGCACUUGUUGCCGGCACUGCAGGAACAACUAUCGCGGCAUCCACUGUGAAGCCUGCUAUCAAGACGGCAAGGGAACAAGCGCUUCUUGCAGCAGCCAUGGGAUUUGACGGGAAUAACAUCGACCAAAUCCUUCGCAUGAUCAACGUAAAUUUAGUUACUACAGCAGGUCAAACGCGAAAUAAUGAGAGAGAGUCUGUCGAGCAAGGACCUCCAAGUGCCUCGAAGGAGCAGCAGCAACGAGUAGCUCUCGGGGGUGCAACAACAACAAGAGUCUCAUCUUCAAGCAACACAAGAACGCCGCCCGUCAGCGCAGAUGCUUUUUUGUCGACUACGGAUGAACCACGAGACGCGGUCAAGCGAAACCUCACUGACCAAUUUCUCAGUGUAGAAGAGAAAACGCGGAGUCCAGACCGUUAUGUGUUUCAAGAGGAAGAUAGACUCGGAUGUAGCGCUAGCUCUUCAGCUGCCUCAAAUGAUCCACAGGACCGCUUUUUCUGUCCGUCUUCAGCUUCCUCCAAUGAUGCGACAACACGAACCUCCUGCUCAAAUAAUCCUAGUCCAGCUGGUACUAGCAGUGGUACAACAGGUACAACAGCUAUAUCUACGAAGCGGAACAACAGCAAGCGCCGUUUUCCCCUCCCUCAAGCAAAGGCAGUUGUUUCCUUUGAAGACGAAGUGGUGCACAUGCAAAACAAGGCUUCACCCAGGCCGAACUCCCGCCCUGUGAUGCAGGACGGGGAGGUCUUGGAGGCCCUAGGGCUGCGGAAAAACGCACGCAUUAAAGGCGGUGACUCGAACCUAGUUGACAACUCCAGCUCUCCUGAAAGUGAGAAUACAUUCCACACUGGCACUUCUAACUCAUCUGAUAACUCUCGUACAACUACAACGACGGGUCACUCGUCUUGUCUGCUGAAGCCUCUGCCUCAUCAAAUAAAGAAACUUCGUUGGAUCACUUCAUCUACUUCAAGCAGCGAAGAAGAAACUGAAGAACAGACUGCAUUUUCCUACAGAACAAAUGGCACAUCCAAUAACUCAACCUCAUGGAAAACGGGUACAGAAGUUACGACGAGCGCGGCCGCGUCACCAGGAACAACAGGCAACAUGAUGGACUUGUUCGAGACGGCUAUCCGUUCACGAGUUGGCACUACAGGAGCAUCAACGGAAACGAAAUACAAUAUGAACACCUUCGCGUUCAGCUGA